AUGUUAGAUGAUAUCGCAUACCAGGCUGAUGAUGUCCCUGACCUCAAUUUUGACGACCCUGACGGCGAACCAACUGUGGGGAAGCUAUAUGCGUCCAAGCAAGACUGUCAAAUUGCAUGUGCUAUUUACGCAAUAAAGAAACGUUUUCACUUUAGGCAAACCCGCACCACAAGGCAUUCAUUUGUUCUUAGCUGCCAUGAUACUCACUGUGAUUGGAGGAUCUUAGCACAAGAACUCACCAAUUGUGGUUACUACACUAUCAAAAAGGCUAACCUUGUACACAUCUGCCCCUUCGACACACGUGACCUUUACAAAAGAAGAGCCACCUCAAAAGUCAUCGCUCAUGUUUACCGUUCCCGAUUUGGUGAACCAACCCUUGGUCCCAAAUCAGCCCAGCUGCAACAGAUGGUCUUGGAAGAUCUUCGAGUCUCUGCCUCAUACAUGAAAUGCAACAGGGCUAAGGGAAAAGCAACUGAAUCCAUCACGGGCAACGCUGAGGAUUCCUAUCUGGAGCUCGCCUCAUACUUUGAGAGACUGAAAGCCACUAACCCAGGUACCGUAACUGCCAUCGAAGCAGAAUUAGAUGAUUUCGGCCAGACUCGUUUUCUUUAUGCCUUCCUCUCUUUCGGAGCGUCCAUUCGGGGUUUCCGUCGUGUACGCCCUGUCCUCAUUGUCGACGGUACACAUCUAUCCGGAAAAUACAAGGGGGUUUUUCCUUUGGCUUACGCCGUCGUUGAUGGGGAGACUGACGAAUCAUGGCACUGGUUCCUAGCAAAAGUUGAAAGGAUUAUUGCGGAUUCCAACGCUCUCACUAUCAUAUCAGAUCGCAACAACUCCCUCCUCAAAGCUAAGCAGAUCGUAUUCCCAAAGGCACACCACGGGGCCUGCAUUGUUCACAUCAUGCGGAAUGUUGUCUCAUGA